AUCGCGCUGCGGGCCAGAAAAUUGGGCGAGACUUCACACGGCGACGUCCCUAGCCCAUUUUGCCUGCUUUUCUAUUUCUACAACCUCAUUUUACAUAGGCUGUGGAACCAUGCAGGCCCUUUCUGCCAAGCGCUCUCUUGGGAGCAUCCAGCCCUUCACCAGCAGCCGUGUGGCCGUGGCUCGCCCGGCUCGCGUUGCCACUGUGAUUGAGAACCGCGUGGCUCUGCGCUUCCAGCGUUUCGGCCGCAAGAAGCUGCCCUUCUACCGCCUGGUGGCCAUCGACAGCAAGAAGCGCAGGGACGGCGAGCCGCUGGAGUACCUGGGCUGGUAUGACCCCCUGAAGAAGGAGACCAACCUGAACGCUCCUGCCAUUAAGGAGUGGCUUGCCAAGGGCGCUCUGCCCUCGGAGACCGUGGAGAACCUGCUGCGGAAGGCGUACGUGAUGGAGCCUAAGGUGGCCAAGGUUGUGGUCCCCAAGGAUGCCGUUAAGGUCUAAGCAGCACAGCGCAGCAGCGGCUGGGGCUGGAUUGUGGAGGAGCAUCGCCCCUCGCGGCGGCGACUUCCCUGCUUGCAGUCCGACCAAUGUCAGCCGUUGGAGCCCGGGCGACCACCUGAGAGAUAUGCUGUAGUUUUCAGCCAGAGAUUGGGUCGUCCGUGGAGUGCAGAGGCGUGCUGGAGGAGAUUGUGGUGGUGCUCAUUGUGGCGCUGGUCGCUCCAAUUUUCCCCGUGGAGUCGACCGCCCUCGGUGCCAGCUUUAGACUAGCUCGGUAUUUCCUAUACCACAGCGUUGGUGAUGUGGGUGGGUGCUGGACACUCUCGUCCAUGCGUAGUCUGGGCCGCAGGGGCCCCUUUCCAGUUGCUCGCUUGCGGGCUCGACAUCGAUGCACGCAGUGUUUUCAUGCACAAGGACUUUGAGGAGGUUUGGGAGAGCCCAGAGCAGGCAGGAUCGACACCGUGGCGUGUUCGGGCGUGGGCAUGUAACGUGGAUGGUGU